AUGAUCAGCAAUAACCUGGCCAGUUACGAUUGCUCAAUGGAAGGAAGCAUUGACGUCGACGUUGAGGUAACACUGUUAGUAAUGGAGCGGUCACCGCGCAGCGCGGCCGUGCCUCGGACUAGAGCCAGCAUGGGCCAGUACCACACACUCAGGUCAUUCGUGGUUACCUUGGCAAUCACGAUAGUAAUAACCAAGUCACCAGUCAGUGGUUUCACCAUACCUCGGCAACAAAGUAUUUUGGAUUCCUUACCAGAUCUUGAAACUGGGGAGAGCGCGAAAUUAGAAGUAAGGUAUGAUUUGAAGAUCUCAAAUAAUAGUGACAGCAGUGAUGAAAGGAAGAUCAAUAAUUCAGAUUCGAGAGUAUUAGCAAUCAAUAUCCCAAAGAAUACAGAGAAAAAUGACACCUUGCAUAAAAAUAAUAAGGCAGUGCAAAUGAUUGUUAAUAAAACUGCCGAUAUGCAGAUAAAAAAUCCAGAAAAUAAUAAAUCCGAAAACCGAUCCGACCCACUGAAUACAAGUUCGGUAGAAGGAGCUAGUAAAUCUAUUACUACUUCUGCACCAAGCACGAGUCAGACAACGACAAGAGAACCUGAAAUUAGUCAAGUGAUAAUUAGUACUGCCACAACACAAACUUCACUUACUACUGAUUCUCAAAUUAGGACAUCUAUAAAGAGUUCGAAUACCACUGCUAAUGAUGGUAAAGUGCAAAAUGAAAACUAUACAAAAUCCAUAACUUAUCGAAAUAAUUCAAAUUCUGCUAAUAUUACCGAUGAUAAUAUUUCCAUUGAAAAAAAAGCUGCAGUCACUAUUAAUGAAACUAUCAACAAUAAUAAUACUAUUAAAAAAGAUAAUAAUAAUAUGAUCAACCGUGGCUCCAACAUAUUUAUUUUGAACGACACGGAAUUUAAAUCUGCCGCUGAACGUAAAGACCCACGCUCAAUAUUUGAUUUACAAAUUCUGGAUAGCAAAAACCAAAGCAAUAAUAAUGACGAAGAAGCUGAUCAAACUCAUACCAAAGAACAAAGUUCAAUAUCCACUACUGAUACAACAACUGAGACUCCUACGUAUUAUACUGAUUUAAAGACUGACGUUACAAAAGUCAAUAGCACAACAGAAGCGACCACAAAUACAGAUUAUUCAACAGCCAAAACUCUUACCUCAGAUUUUUAUACACUAUCAUUGCCACCUUGGAAAAAAUAUACUACGAUUGAUAGAAAACGUACAAGUACUGAAGAUACCACAAUAUCAACUAAAGAAAUGGCUGUAGCAGAAACUUCCCAAAUAAGUUUAGAUAAAGUCCUCAAUAAUACACUAAUACCAUCACUAGAACAAUUGAAAAAUGAUCUCUUAAACUCUCAAGAGUCGACAACAAGAAAAUUUGAAACCCCCAGUACUAUAGAAGCAACAAACAUAAACAAUGUACAAAAAUCUGAAACGCCUACACCAAAUAUGAUUGUUACAACGGAAAUUGGAAAUACGAAGUUAGAACUGGUGUCAAAAAGAGCAGGUUAUAAAGAUAAUCGAGAGACAACGAUGACACAGCAAGGUGAAGCCACCACCUCAGAGCUCCCAACAAGAGUUAGCAAAAACAACACUGAUAUGUUUAGUUCUAUGUAUGAAACAGAACCCAGCGAAGUUGAGGGGCCAGACACUAAGAAUGACACUGUGUAUGAGUCGCAAAGUCAAUUGGCGGAAGACGCGAUCAAAGAAGAGUUAUUAAAAGAAGAAAUGCUCAACGACAAUGAAGAGAAUGCUAAGCGGUACGUUUUACCCAAAGUCAAGGGUUCGAAAGAAGAUAGUGAAGGGUUUGUGACUGUACCUGAAACUGACACUGAAGAUAUGCUCAGCGUUAAACCUAUUGGACACGAAAAAAAGAAAAAUACAAUCUUAUAUACUGUUAACCCGAAUUAUAAACCACUUAAGAAGAUUGAUGUGCAACCGCCAAAGCUUUUCGUUCGCGAUCCUGAUGACAACAGUUGGAGAAACGAAAGUAUCAGCUCUUUAGGAAUCGUGUUCAAACCAAAGAAUGCAUCUAAAUCGUUUACACAAGUGUUAAAGAAUAAAACUGAAAUAGAGUUAGCGAAUAUGACUGACAAAGAUAACAAAGACAAUGUCCCAGAUUUAAGAGUAAGGUUAGAAAAGAUAGCAGAAGUAAGAAAAUCAAAGAAAAAGAUUAACAAGUUUGGAGAUACAGUAUACAGUGACUAUGAGGAGUCAGGGGAAAAUGUAAAUGUUUCUCUUAAAGAAGAGACAACUACACCAUCCUUUGAGGACUCCAUUCUAGACUUUACUCCUCCGCCUAUACCCAAAUCACUUACAACAGAGUUUGAUCUGUCUGUAAACGCGAUAUCAACAGACGGGUUUAAUCUUUUCAAAAAUGAGAUGAAGCCUUCCCUAACAACAAAUAAACCAAAGAAGUUCUACAACUUGGCAGAGUACUACGAUGCUACUGACGAGUAUGAUGCUGAUUAUGUAAAUCAACACAAAAUAGAUUUGAAGAAAUUUACUAAACCACUAACACCAAAAGAAAACCCUGUCACUCCCCCUACACAAGUAUUUCGUACUCAACCUAUGAGAGAAUAUCAACCUGAGAGAAAAGCUACGCUACAAUAUUUCCCACCUACGCAAAAAAAUACACAAAAAGUAAAUUUAAACGAUUAUGAUGCGGAUUUUAACAGAAAAGUAAAUUUGUAUACUAUGAAAGCGCCUCUUAAACAUUCUUCACCUACUUCCUUUGGCACAGCAUCUCCCCUUGGCACCGAUAAGUAUCUACCUGUGAAUAAAAUAACAAUGAAGCCCACCUACACACCAAUGUACCAAACUGAUAGCUUGGACAAGAACCUAUACUUGUCUACUCAACCACGCGUCCCAGAGCCCCCUAGUGGAUUCGUACCAAAUGAUGGAAAUUUUAACAGAGCUUCGUACGUAAUCAAACACUACCGAGACUUUAUCAACGAAGCGGCUAAAGACAGUGAAGACGAAAGAGGCGAGUAUCCGUACACAGAGCCUCCACUUCGCGGUGUCACCAUCAAUGACCUCGCAAAAAUGACCACCCCCAAGGAAAUCAAUCCGGGUGAUGAUGAUUACGAAUACGAUGUGAAAUUCCGUAAAGAUAUUAUGAACAGAUUUGUCGAUAACUUCAACCAGAACAGCGAGAGAUUCAGGGUGGACUUUCCGAUAUUAUACAACAGUAGUAUUGUACACAGACAAACACCAGAGAAUGGAAGAAUAGCUUCUUCGACUGCAUUCAUAAAGAGGUUGUAUGAAGUGAGCGGUCCCAGGGCAUCAAACUUCUUGUCACACAGAAAGCCGUGCGACCCGCACUGUGACCCUAACCUGACGGUGGAGUUGUCUCCUGCGUACGAGCUUCACUAUUAUGUCCCGGAACAAGAGGAGAAGGAAGAAAUAGAACAGAAACCUGCCACAGUACCAUAUCAGUACAGAUUAUGAAAUACACAUAGCGCGCUUGUUAGGAAAUAAUUUGAGUUACUUGAUGUAGUGCGAGAACGGUGACACUGCUAUGCCAUUCAAUGUAUUGGUGCUUAUCGUGACUUACCGACUGUCGAAUUAUCGCCAGUGUAUACUUAAAUAACACAUGUUUAUAUAGAAAAUUUAGUUACCACGUGUAAAAACUUGAGUGGUCAGUGUAACUGUGACUGAAUUGGGACAUUAGAUAACUUUAUUCAUCAAAAUGUAGGAAAGGUAAGCAGGUACUUACUUAACGCACUGUCGUGAUCUAGCCGGCGGGUAAAAAAUUGGUUCUCGGGUAAAACCUGAAAUAAAUUGUACAGGUGAUUUACUGAAACGGCUGUAAAUCAAGGCGUGAUUGUACUUUAAUAAAUUGCCUUUCAGUCAACUAUGCAUGUAGCUACUUUGAUAUGACAACAUGUUAUUUCUUCAUUUAGAUGUAUUAUUAUGACAAAUUGCCAAAGAUGUAUAUUUUAGAAUUUGAUUAUACACCUAAAUUUGUAUAGAGGUAGGAAAUUUGGUAACUAGGUCGGUGCGCCUGCCACAACUGUUAUGUGCAUUUCAUCAAGUUUUCAGGGGAAACAAUAAACUGUUUUUUAUACUUACACUGACUGAGGGACUUAGUAAUAAAUUAAAAAUGCAGUAAGAUGGCAAAAAAUAUUACGCAUGAACUGAGAUAAAACUGGAAAUUAUAACAUCUACUGUUCAUACCCAAUUUUUUUUUUCCAUUUUGAUGCACAUAUUAGAUUUGUCUUAGAAAAAAGUAAAAAUUUUACAGAAAAACUUUUGAUGUUCAAUCUGCCAAACUAUCCAUGUGAUGCUGCAACUUCUGUCAUGUGCGUUUUAUAUCACAUAACCCGUAACCAAUCGAACACAUAACUAAUUUGUCAUGGCCAGAAAGUGCACAUAUAGUUUUGUUAAAUGGAUUUCUAGAGGGAAAAACACAUAAUUGAUUUGUAAUCGAUGCGCAAUCCGAUUUGAAAGAACGCAAAGAAAACAAUCUAAAACUUUGUACAAUUCAGUUUUGGCAGGCGCACCGACGUUGUAAACGUUUAUUGUGAAUCUUAUUUCUUUUGUAUACCCAUUUGUUGAUGUAUUGAGACGAGGUUGCCAAGGUACCUAUUGUAAUAUAGCUAAUCAAUGAUGGUCCGUAUUACAUAGUAAGCUGUUGUGUAAAUAUUUAUAUUCAUAGACAAUGGAUCUAACUGCAGCGAGUAAACACUGCAUCUUGUAAGAUAUCGUUACUUUCUAUAUCGUGAGAUGAAUGAUUGAUCGAUAACGCACCAUUUAUCAUUCACCGACUCGUGUUUACGGACUUAUAGUUUCACAAUACAUAAGUACCGAUUCAUUACCACAGUUAUAGACAACAACAACUUGUAACAAAUUGACAAUUUGUUGUUUACUAAACUGUUCUUAGUAAACUCGAAUGCUGUUUAUAAAAUUUCGAAGGAAACGUUAUGAGUUUGUAACUUUGUGAUAAUAAAAUACAA